AGAGGCCAACUUGGGCAACUUAUCUUGCUGCUACUAAUUUAUAACCUUAUCCUUGUUCGCUGCUCUCAUCUCUACGUCAUCUCUUCCCCUCUCCUCUACGCAACGGUCAUGGCCGCACUGAACAAAUACCAAAACGAGCUCAUCGAGCAUUCGAUGGCGGUCGGUGCCCUCAAGUUUGGAUCCUUCACGCUCAAGUCCGGACGGCAGUCCCCGUAUUUCUUCAACGCCGGACUCCUCGCAGACGGCCUAGUGCUCGACACGCUCUGUACGGCCUACGCCAAAACCAUCGCCGACUCUCUCAAAGCCGGCUUGCCAGAGUUCGACAUCCUCUUCGGACCGGCCUACAAGGGUAUCCCGUUUGCCGCGUGCACCGCGCUUCUCUUGCACCGCGAUCACGGCAUCGACGUCGGAUACGCGUACGAUCGCAAGGAGGCGAAGGACCACGGCGAGGGCGGGGUCACGGUCGGCGCUCCGGUGAAGGGCAAACGAGUACUGAUCCUGGACGACGUCGCCACCGCUGGCACUGCGAUCCGCGGCGCGAUCGAUAUCGUGAAGCGCGAGGGCGGAAAUGUCGUGGGUGCAGUGCUGCUUCUGGAUAGGGAGGAGGUCGGCAGGGAGGGCCAGAGCAUGAUCGACGAGGUCGAGGGCAUCUUGAGCGGCAAGGGCAGCGUGCCGACGAUCCUAAAGAUGAGGCAUCUCAUGACCUGGUUGGAGCAGCACGGGCGCACAGAGGAGCUGAAACACAUGCAAGAAUACUGGGAGCAGUACGGUGUCAAGGAGUCAAGUUGAAGUCGAUAGUGAGGUCGCAUGAUUAGCAAGGCAUGAACGCUGAAAUGUAUCACCCGGUGUUAGAAUAUGGAGUUUCAGUUACAGGUCAGUCAAUCUCAAUCCUCCCUCUGCCCACCUUCCGCUGAUGAUUGGUUCCAGCUCUGUCGUGGCAAAGAAUGUAUCCGUAUCACGGGCCCGGUCUUUCCAAGGCUUUCGGCCUGCUUGGGAAAUUUCUGAGCGAGUACUCAAGUGCUGCACCAGAUCACACCGGAGCACUGAAGCUUCAGCUGUACUACUCCAUGCACAACGGGAUGCCCGACGACAGAAAGAUUCGCCUACAUAUGUAGUUCAACGCAGCGUGCUUCAGCGGCGCCAGCAUACUGGGAU